AUGUCAACCAACUUCUUAACUCGGAUUCCUAUCGGAACUAUCGAAAAGAUCAUCAAUCAGUCAUUUUUUCGCUCCCUAUUCGGCACGAUUACUAGUCACACACCAGAUCCUGAAGCUCCAACCGAAUCCAAGUCCAUCCCAAAUUUGAAGCAGGUUACAAAACCAAUCGAACAAAAAUUACAGAAGCCUAACGCCAGCAAAGCGAAGAAAAAGGCUACGGCUACGAAAACUAGUGAAAAGAAAACCAAAAACUCUCAGCGUAAAGCGGACUCCAAAGAAGACGUGACCAGUCCCGAAGAAAAGGCCGCGGAUACAAAAACUAGUAAACAGAAAAUCGAGAAACUUCAGCGUGAAGUGGAUUCCAAAAGGACCGUGAGCAGUCCCAAAGAAAAGGGCGCGGAUGCAAAAACUAGUAAAAAGAAAACCGAGAAACCUCACCGUGAAGCGGAUUCAAAAGAGGCCGUGACCAGUCCCAAAGAUGGUGGUGAUAAGGCGGCGACUCAGAGUCAACAGAAGGUGGAAGCUAAGAGCCCGAAGGCUAAGGCCAGUAGCACUCCUACAAAAACCAAGAAAACAGCCUCCCAAGCUCCAAAACCUACAGUCGCCAAGAGUCUGGAACCACUACCCCUCCCAAAGACAAAAACGACAGGAAGCCAAGUAGGAAAGAAGACCCCUACAAUCGAUUCUAGUCUGGUUCAAUUCGAUAAAUUUGUCACCAUUGGUUCUCCGCCUUCUCAAAAUCCAGGACUCUAUACAAAGAAGAUUGCAAAAUUUAUUCUAGAUAGUCGACUGAGAUUUCCCGAUGCAAUCUUGCUGACAUGUGUGGGAUCAUUUUAUGAAGCUUACUUCGAUCAGGCUGUAGAGGUGGCCCAGCUUUUGAACAUUAAAGAAGCCAAAUAUCAAUUUUCUGGACAAGCAUACCCCUUUUCGGGAUUUCCAAUAGCAUCGCUUCAAAAACAUCUCAAAACUCUCGUCAAUGAGCACAAUCGGAUUGUGGCAAUUGCGGAACAAAUUCCCACUGAUGAAGACCUCGAAAGAAGGAUUGUUCGCAUCAUUACACCUGGUACAAUCACCGACGAGAAUUUGAUCGAGGACGAGUCGUAUAACUACUUGCUCGGAAUCCACGAAAAUCAGCUAGCUUGGUUGGAUGUAUCUACAGGCAGUUAUUUCGUUACAACCUGCGAGGGCGGAGAAAGUGAAUUAAUAGAUCAAAUCUGUCGAAUCUCACCUAAGGAAAUCAUAAUCUCCGCCAACAGCUCGUUUUGUGUUCCUCCUAAUUCCAAGGCUGCCAAACUCUCCAUAUUGAUUACGAAAAUCAAGCCAGAUAAUUCAAUCACCGCUGAACAAUUAACAGCUGAAAAAAUAAUCGGAAUUUAUAUCAGGCAAAACCUCCUGCCUUCGCGAGCAGCGACUCAACCAUUAUGUGUCGACGUUUCCCGAAACCUCAAAUUGGAUGCCGAGGCCAUUGACAGCUUGGAGAUCAUCCGCACUCAAAACGGGAAGAGUUCAGCUGGCAGUUUACUCUCAACUAUUUCACGGACACUUACCUCACCUGGAAAAAGAUUACUCCGCGAUCGAAUCAUGAGUCCUAGUAGAGUUCCAGCCGAAAUUCAAGCUCGAUUAGAUCUCGUAGGACAACUUGUGAUAAAUCAUAUCUCGAGAGAAGACAUACAAGACACAUUGAAAGAUAUUGAAGAGGUUGAUUAUGUCAGGCUAUUACAAAGAUUCAACCUGGGGCAAGGAACAAUCCAAGAUUUGAUUUCGAUCGUCAGAAUUUUAAAGGCCAUUAACACAAUCAGCCCAAUUCUUAGUGAUUUAGGUAUCCCGUCUCGAUUAGGAUGUCACUUUGGCCUUGAAGAAAGUCUAUGCAAAUCCGUAGGUGAUUCUCCGCAAGCAUGCGCUGAGAUCGCAUCCGAAGAGUCCUCGAUUGAGGAAGCCAAAGACUUCUUUUCUCCUGUUAUUUGGAAUGUACGUUCCGAUCUUAACGAAGAAUUAAGCUCUAUGCACCAGAGGAUGAAAGCUCUUAUGGACAAAGGAAAACAGCUCCAGACCGAAUAUCGUACUGAUUUUGAAUCGAAGGAUUUGAGGCUGCAAGUCGUAGCUAAAUUGGGCGCGGUGCUGAUUAUCAACAAAGCCCGUAAGCCGACCAUUGAGUUGAAAAGCAAGGUGGACAAACUCAAGGGCCAAAUACUUGUGGAUAACGGAUCGCGUUUAAUGGUUGCCAUUCCGGAAUGGACAAAGAUGCACGCUUUGAUUGAAAGGCUGCGACAGGAAAUAACACGGGCGGAACAGCGAGUCUUAAAAGGUCUAUUUGAACAGGUUGCAUCGAAUCAUGACACUUUAAACCCAUCGUUCCAGGGCCUUGCGGAACUGGAUGUUGCUCAGAGCUUCGCAACGUUUGCAGUGGAAACAAAUUGCGUAAGGCCGUCCAUCGAUUCGAAUAGAAGCACAUGUAUCGUCAAUGGCCGACAUCCAAUUGCUGAGCGGGCUCUAUCUUCAAGUGCAAAUGGGAAUUUCAUCCCAAAUUCGAUCGUGAUGGAUGAUAACGAUGGCCUGGUUCAGAUCAUCACUGGCCCGAAUAAUGGGGGGAAGUCAACCUAUCUGCGACAACUCGCGAUCAUCCAUAUCCUGGCUCAAGCUGGAAGUUUUGUACCUGCCGAGAAGGCUAAAUUGGGACUCGUUCAUCAAAUCUUUACUCGAUUUGGAUCGUUUGAUAACGUCGUACUUGGAAAAGGUACCUUUUUAAUCGAAAUGGAAGAAACUUGUAAAAUUUUGAAAUCUGCGGAUGAAAUGUCUCUGGUUUUAAUGGAUGAAGUAGGUAGAGGCACUGGGGUUGAAGAUGGGCUAUCGAUUGCAUAUGGAGUGCUUAAGUAUUUAAUCGAGAAAAAUAAGUGCAGAACGCUGUUCUCAACACAUCUACCCCACGUGGGAUCGCUAUUACUUAGGGAGCAGAUGACUACAGAUAGUAAUAAUACCCGUGGACUUAAAGCCGCAGACUAUCUGAAAGUUGCCAGACUGGGAUUCUUCUGUUUCGGCUCUUCCAAGAUUAGUGGCGAGGGGAAGGAGGAGAUUCUGAAUUUUCCUUACCAAAUCCAACGAGGCUUGAAUCCAGAUUCAAGUGGGAUAGAUAUUGCUAAACUGGUUGGUCUACCUCAAGAAGUCAUCUCACAUGCCACAACGAUUAAGCGCCAGUUGGGGAAUUACAGCCUAAGAUUUGAGCAACAUUGA